CCGCGUCUCCCGCGGCACCCACCCGACACUGUCCCAAGCAAAAACGAAAGGAAGCCAAGCGGUCCGGCGUGGCCCGGCGUGGCCCGGCGUGGGCGGGGAGGUGACCGCGCGCUCCGACUCCUCGGGACCGGGCGGCCGCUUUGUGACUUCACCGGUUUCGUGACACAGGAACCACACCUCCAGAGAGUGGUAUUUUUGGAUUCAUGAUAAACUUCUCUGCAUUUCUUGGUGCAGCUACGAUGUAUACAAGAUAUAAAAUAGUGGAGAAGCAAAAUGAGACCUGCUAUUUUGGCACUCCUGUCUUUAACUUGGUGUCAUUAGUUCUUGGAUUGGUGGGAUGUAUCGGAAUGGGCAUUGUAGCCAAUUUUCAGGAGUUAGCUGUGCCUGUCGUCCAUGAUGGUGGUGCCCUUCUGGCUUUUGUCUGCGGUGUAGUUUACACGCUCCUGCAAUCGAUCAUCUCCUACAAAUCAUGUCCCCAGUGGAACAGUCUCACGACAUGCCAUGUCCGGAUGGCCAUCUCUGCUGUUUCCUGCGCAGCUGUGGUCCCCAUGAUUGCCUGUGCUUCACUAAUUUCUAUAACCAAACUGGAAUGGAAUCCAAAAGAAAAGGAUUAUGUGUAUCACGUAGUGAGCGCUAUCUGUGAAUGGACUGUGGCCUUUGGUUUUAUUUUCUAUUUCCUAACAUUCAUCCAAGAUUUCCAGAGUGUCACCUUAAGGAUAUCCACAGAAAUCAAUGAUGACUUUUGAAAGAGCGAGAAUCCUGUCUCACUCAGUGAAUGUCACAGUUAGUUUCUGGAAGUGGCACAGAGGACGGAUGGACUUGGAUGUCACCCUGAUCAGGACGCAUCUGUGGCACAUCCGGGACUUGAAUUUCAUUCAGAAUUUCUAGUAGUUGUUCUUUUUACAAAGGUAUGUUUUUCUAGAGAAUGUUUAGCAUCAAUGACACUUUAGCAAUAUUUUUAUAUUUUCUAAGACACUUUAAUGAACAAAUUCAUAUGUAGAAAAGAUGAGGCAUUGCAGAAAAUGGGAAUAUUUUUGUAUAGAUUAUUUAGACUUUUAUGUAUGACUGACUUAUAAAAAUACGCUAAGUGAAAAAAAUGUUAAGUUUGGUGCAUUAAAAAAAAAAGCCAAAUCGGGAUAUUCACUUUAAAAUUUAAUUUUUUAAAACAAUGAUUUGCAUAAUUUUCAUCACAAGCAUUUAUAUAAUCUAAUUCAUAGUGAUUAUAUAUCCUAAUGGUAAAGAUUCUGUUAAUAAAUUAAUACUAAAGCACUUUGAUUUUUAGUGCAUGCAUGAAACAAAAAUGUUUUUAUAGUUAAGGCUUCAAAAACCAUUUACUGUGCACAUUAACCAGCAGAUGUAGAAGACCUCAGUUUGAAAAUUCAGCCUCCUUAUUUGAUUGGCUUCUCCCACAGAAGCUGCUAUUACCUGGUGGACCUAGGAACUAAUUCCUGGUAGCAUGGGCUCUGCAUGGCAGCACAGAAAUGAUAAACUACCCUUCCUGAGGGGCAUUGGAAGUGAGACUUCUUAGUUUCCCUGUAAGCCCAUCAAGGUACCAGGACACAGGAGAUGGGCCUAGGAGCCUGGGUGCAGGCUGCUGUUUGCUCCUUUCAAUGCCUGUGGCCACUGUUAGUGACAUCACAGGGAAGGUGUCAGUCAGGCCCUUUCCUAGGUAAGCAAGGCCCGAAGACCCCGCCUCUUCAUCCGGUUCACAACUGUUGUAGAGGAAGAAGUGGCCUUGGAGGUGCUGGUGAGAUCCUGAGUUCCAUAUCUAAGUAUGGGCAAGUGGAGCUGCCUUGAAGGCACAUGCCAAGGGCAGAGCAGCCCAUUUGGAUGGCCUUGGUGCGGGACACCUGGGAACCAAGGGGCAUGCAGUGGUGACUCCUGGGUGGGUGAGGGUCAGCAGCCACUUCUGUUGUGACAUCUUGGGUUUCCUUAAGUGUGGAGUGGAGGAAACUGACAACCAUUUCUGAGUCCACUGUAAUACAAUGCUGUGUUGUUAAUCCUGGAACAACAACAACAACAAAACAGUGACCUUUUGUCAUUCUGAAGAGAAAGGGGAGCCAGCACCUUCCCCUUGGAAACCGUGGUUGACUGAAUCCGUGCUGCUGUUUGCUUUGGUCAGGAAUGUUGUUGGAACUUCCCAGAAUGCAGGUGGUCCUCUGCAUUUCCACCGGAGACUGGGUGCUCACUCCUAUAGGGCAGAGCAGGUGCCCUUACCUAGAGUUCAACACCGUGCCUUCUGGCACACAGUAGGUGCUUAGUAAAUACAAAUCCAAUAUGUGCAUAUAUAAAUGAACGAACAAAUCGAGUAAUGUUUGAGGUGCUGCCUAGUAGGUUUAUUUACUCUAGUUCACCGGUUAUUUUGAUGUCAACACCUAGUCCGUGCUACCUAGUAACGUUUUCCUUUUUGCUUUGUGUACCAUACAUGUUUCAGUUGUUUGGGCUUCAUGAUUGUGUGACAACUCUCUUCUGGACAGAUACCACAGAAAUUGUUACAUGGGCUAGACCUGUCUUGGCAAGCCGAGAAGGUCCCAAAUCACCCCAUUCUGCAGAUUCCAUGCAACUUCUAACGUUAUCCCCAUUUUGCUAUUAUUUUUAAUUUCUACAAAUGUGUAUUUCCUUGGACUGCAUGCCUGAGAAGGUAAAAUAAAAUAUUACUUUAUUUUA